UUGUGUUGACAUUUGUUUAUUGAUCUUGAUCAUGUGUUGAUGAUUUUUUGAUUUUUGAUUUCUGACUGAAUAAAAAUGGAAUCAACCGUGAAUGAUUUCCUCAAUGAGAUAAAUGAAAUAGUACCUCUGAAAAAUAAUGUCCUCAAGAAAGAAGAAAUUGAGUGGAAAGAAUGUUUUGAUUCUAAAAGUGGAUUUACAUAUUAUUGGAAUAUAAAUACCAAUGAAGUAACAUGGGAAAAACCCAAAAAUUUCGUGAUAAAAUCCAACGUGAAUGGCCCAGUACCUAAUUUUCCAGAGCUCAAGGACAAAGUCAAGAUUUACAAAAUCUCGGAAACACAAUCAUUGCCUAAGUCUAAUGGCAGUAUUCCAAAAGUUGAAGCAAGAAAGGUUCCAAAAAAAAAGAAAUUACACAACGAUUCUGAUGAUGAAAAAAUUACGCUCAUAACAUCAUAUGGAUCAGGUUCCAGCAGUGAAAGUGAAGAUGAUGAUGAACACUCAGUAAAAACAAGUCCGAAAAAAUUAGAUCAAGAGGAAGAUAUUUUAUCAACUGUUUUGAAGAGGGCUGAAGAGUUGAAAAAGCUUGGAAAUGUUGAUGCGAAAAAGGUUUCAGAAGUACAGCCUGGCAACACUUCAAAGCCUCCCAAACCGAUUUCAGGAUUUUCUCUGGUAGCAGGCUAUGAUAGCAAUUCAGAACAGGAAAGCGAAGAUGAAACGAAUCAGUCAACGCCUGCACCAAAUACACAAGCUCACAGUACCUUAUUUCCCAUAAUGAAAACUCCGGAUGUGAAUGACUUCAAAACUGAGGAAAAUAUUCCAAAGAAAGAAAUUCAGGUGGAAAAUUCUUUCGAUAUGAAAAAUUUCAAGCGGAAACGUAGGUUAGCUGUAAAUUUCGUUCCCAACAGAAACGUUGCAAAACCCCCGUCGCCUAAUACUGUACAAACGGAAAGAAAAGGUCUAGGAUUCAAAGAGAACGAAGAUACGGUACCUGCCACGACAACUUCGAAAAAUUUAUACACAAAUUUCACCAAAGGAGGUGUAGAAUUCGUAAAAUCUGAAACUGAGAAUGGUAGUCAAAAAAAGGAUGGUGAAGAAAUUGAUGAAAAGGAAAUGGUGGAGAUUUAUGAAGUUCUACAUGAGAAACUCGCUUUUUUAUGCGAAGGAAACAAGGACGUUAUGCCGGUGCAGAUUAUUUUGAUACAAAUAGAGACUCUAUACGGAGCAUUGAAAGCUGAAAGCCUAAAACCUGAGUACUUGCACGAUUGGUUAAAAGGUACGAGCGAAGAUUUGAUCAAAUUGGAGAGGGAAGCAGCGCCUGAAGGUUGGAGUUUACAAUGGGAUAGACCUUACACAAAUCCAAUCAAUGUUGGAGUUAAGACGAUAGUUCUGCAGGAUCGAGUUCUGAUGCAGGUAAGACAGUCUUUCAGUUUUUUUUUUCCUAACUCGGUCCACAAGGAAAAGCUUGUUCUAAAUAGAAAUGCUCCUUUAUGUGUCUUCAUCUGUAGAAAUGGCAAAAGGGAAGCCGUACCAAAUUUUUGUGAUAUAACAGUUCGACACCAAUACUUUUUUUUCCUAAGUUUGUACCUUAUAACUUAUAUAAACACUUUUAUUUGAUAAUAUAACAAUUCUGAUAAGUUUCCCAUCGCUUAAAAUGGUUUUCUGAUGAAUUCUCAUUAUCAGCUUCACUUUCCUACAGUGAAAUAAUUCAAUAAAGUGUGAAUUUUAUUCACCAUAUCAUUCAGGAAAAUGUUAUUGCAGAGAUUUAGGAUUGAGUCUUUAUUCCUUGUGGACUUGUCAACUGUAUUUGCAUGUAAAAAAAAUAUCUUUGAAGAAUGAUGCUGUAAAACGUUAAUACAUAUUAAUUUAUUUCAAUUUCUAGCGAAAAUAAACGUACAAAACAUAAACAUAUAUAAUAUUUUUCUUUUUGAUCAAGUCUCUAACCCUGCAUUGCACGGGUUUCUAGAUUACUCUUUAUAUUUCAGGUUUCGUCGCUCUUCUGUCACAAUUGCACCAUCCCCCAAUUCUCUAUUUGUAUUAUAUAAAUUGGGUGUCCCAACAAAAUUUUUCGAAAAGUAGAAAUUGAAAAUUUUAUAUAGAUUUUUGGUGAAAUGGUUUUUUUUUAUUAGUUCUUCUAUAUGUCAGAAAACAGCCUGUAUUAAUACGAAUAUACCAAGAUUGGCUGGAAAUUUUAGGCAACUGAUAGCUUGCAAAUUUUAUCAGCCAGAUAUAAACGCUAAAAGAUCACUUUUUUUUAAUCCAAGAUCAAUUAAAAAUAAAUGUUUUUCCUUUCCUUGAAAAGUUAUUCAAUGGUAGUACUUGAAUGUUUGUUUCAAGUUUGGUCAAAAAGUUUCUAUCGCUUCUUGAUAAUGCAAUUAUCAGGCCACUAUCCAUAGUCCACAUUUGACAUCAAAAGUGUUACUUAUAUUAAAAAUAAACAAUUUUAUCAAAAGUUGGUUGAUGAAAAACAAAAUCGAAACACCUAAUUCAGGAAUCAAAAAUUACUGACGUCCCAAUUAAGAAACAAGAAUUGAUAAUUUCAAAGAAAAAACAAAAUUUGAUAGCAGAUAAUU